AUGGAUCCCAUGGAGAGCAUGUCCAAGUCGGGAGGCGCUUUGCCAACCGAUUUCGAUGCCGAGAACGCUCAAAACAUGGAAGACAUGGAGAAACAAUUUGCUGUCAAAGUCGUACAGCACAUGCAAACUUAUUGGUCUAUUCUUGAAAAAGUCAAAGGAUCAACCCUGCGCUUGACAAAAAUGGACGACGAAAUCUACGACCACCUCAAAGAAGCAUUCCCCGAGUUCGACCCCGCCGCAACCAUAGAUGAGGACGAAAUGAAGAGCAAGGAUGGCAAGCAACGCUGGAGGAGUUUCAUGAUGGCCUACGAGAAGAAGAUUGACGAUUACAACUUUGGUACCAUGGUGCGGAACAAUUCCAAGGUUGAAUACGAGGAGGAUACUACCAUAUUCGUUCCGCGGAUGCAAUUCUAUGCCAUUGAGAUUGCGAGAAACAAACAAGGACUUAAUGACUGGAUCUUUGACCAAGCCGAGAAGGGCAAAGCAAAGUAA